UGGCCUCGCUGUCCGCGCGUCCCCGUUCCCCCGUGGCCCUGGCUCUGGCCAUGAAGCGCAUCUUCUCCUGCUCCAGCUCACAGGUGUCGGUGGAGAGAUGGAACCGCCAUGAUCAGAAGCUGCUGGAGGCAGUACAGCGGGGGGACGUGGGGCGUGUGGCUGCCCUGGCCUCCAGGAAGUCAGCCCGACCCACCAAGCUAAACUCAAAUGGCCAGUCCCCGUUUCAUCUGGCAGCCUCUAAAGGCCUGACAGAGUGUCUGACUAUACUGCUUGCAAAUGGGGCCGACAUCAACAGCAAGAAUGAGGACGGAAGCACCGCCCUACACUUGGCCACCAUCUCCUGCCAGCCCCAGUGUGUUAAGGUCCUGCUGCAACAUGGUGCCAAUGAAGAUGCUGUAGAUGCAGAAAACCGCAGUCCAUUGCACUGGGCAGCCUCCUCUGGUUGUGCCUCAAGCGUGCUUCUGCUUUGUGACCAUGAAGCCUUCCUGGACGUUCUGGAUAAUGAUGGACGGACGCCCCUGAUGAUUGCAUCGCUGGGUGGUCAUGCAGCUAUCUGCUCCCAGCUGCUGCAGAGAGGUGCCCGAGUUAACGUCACAGACAAGGAUGACAAAUCGGCUUUGAUCUUGGCCUGUGAGAAAGGCAGCGCUGAAGUGGCUGAGCUCCUCCUGAGCCACGGAGCAGAUGCAGGGACAGUGGACAGCGUGGGGCAUGAUGCCUUGCACUAUGCUCUGCACACUCAGGACAAGGCACUAUGGAGACUGUUACGGCAGGCUGUGAACCGGCGACGGCGGGGAGGUCAGGUGCUAGUUCAACACCCAGAUCAUGCAUCCCAGGCCUCUCCAUCUGAGCCCCAGGUGGGCUCUCCACCUAAGAGCCUAUGGAGAGCAGAGCCCGAGGAGGAGCAGGAAGAAGAGGAAGAUGAAGAUCCAUGUUCAGAGGAAUGGAGGUGGAAGUAUGAAGAGGAGCAGAAGAAAGUGUCUCAGUUGGAGCAGGAGCUGGUGCAAAAGACAGAUGAGUGUAAGGCUCAAGCUGCAGCCUACUCGGGCCUGGAGAACCAGAUUCGAGAGCAGGUGCAGGAGCUGGGGCUCCUCUUGUCCCAAGAGCCUCGAGUGCUGGGAGGGCAAGGCUCUAGUCUCCGGCCUGGAGGGGAUGGCAUGGAGCAGGGGUGUCCCCUAGACCUAUUGGCUGAGCGCAUACAAGAGCUAAAGAAGCAACAGCAAGUAGCCACAGCAAACCCAAUAUUAACUCCUGAGAAGGCCCAGGAUUCAGCCCCUAGAGAAAUCCAGUGUGAAAACCGUGAACAAUCUCAACCAGAACAGGAGCUACUGCAGAACCUAAGGUCUGAGACCAUUGGGAAGGCCACAGGACAGCAAGUAACCACCAUUGGGGAGCAGGCCCUUGAUCCUGAUCACACUGACCAACUUCGAUCUGGUGAGAAGGAGAGGCCCCAGGCCGCAGGGGCUGAACCAGGAGGUACAGUGGCCGAACCAGUGGGCCCAGCAGCCAUGAACCAGCUCCUGCUGCAACUAAGGGAGGAGCUGGCUGCAGUGUGGCGGGAAAAGGAUGCUGCCCGGGGGGCUUUGUCAAGACCCGUGCUGGAGGGAGCCUUGGGGACUCCCCGCGCUGAGGCUGCAGCAGCUGCCUGGGAGAAGAUGGAGGCCAGGUUGGAGCAGGUGCUGGUGAGGCUGGAUAGAGCUAAGGCAGGACUACAGGUGAAACCUGAGGCCCCUGAUCAGGAGACCAAAGAGGGAGCCCCAAAGGCAACCUCAGGAACUAUCACCAAAGAGAAUGAGGGGAAGGAGAAAAAAGCCACUGGGGCCAGAGGGGAGCCUCUAGGAGCUCCUAGAGGGGAGCAGACCCCAGUAGGAGGCCUGCCAAAGGGACAGCUGGAGAAGGAGGUGUCAGCACUGAGACUGAGCAACAGUAACUUACUGGAGGAACUGGGGGAACUGGGGCGGGAGCGUCAGCGGUUGCAGGGCGAGCUGCAGUCCCUGAGCCAGCGGCUACAGCGCGAGUUUGUGCCCAAGCCCGAGGCUCAGGGCCAGCUACAGCAGUUGCGGCGGAGUGUGGGGCUGCUGACAGAUGAACUGGCCAUGGAGAAGGAGGCCACAGAAAAGUUGCGGAAGCGCCUAGCCUUGCAGAGCAGUGGCCUCCGUGGGUUGUGGGACUGCCUGCCCCCAGACCUAGUGGGCAAGGGAGGUGCCCGGAGCUUAGCAGACGAGCCCCUGGAGGAGCUGCAGGCCUGCAUCCGCACUCUCGUGGACAGGCACCGCAAGGCACAGCAGAAGCUGGCUCGGCUGGAGGAGGAAAACCAGCAACUGCAAGGGACCUUGUUCCUACGUGGGGAACCAGAGACCUCCUCAAAGGUCCUAGCAUCCCCCCAAGUGGCCGCUCUGGAGCAAGACCUGGGAAAACUGGAGGAGGAGCUGCGGGCCGUUCAGGCCACAAUGAGCGGGAAAAGCCAGGAGAUCGGGAAGCUGAAGCAGCUGCUCUACCAGGCCACCGAGGAAGUGGCCGAGCUGAGGGCACGGGAGGCAGCCAGCCUGCGGCAGCACGAGAAGACGCGGGGCUCACUGGUAGCUCAGGCCCAGGCUUGGGGGCAGGAGCUAAAGGCCCUACUGGAAAAGUAUAACACAGCCUGCCGGGAGAUGGCUCGACUCAGGGAGGCAGUGGCCGAGGAGCGCCGCAGGAGCGGGGACCUGGCUGCACGGGCGGCUGAGCAGGAGCGCCAGGCCAGCGAGGUGCGUGCACGCUCGGAGCAGUUUGAGAAGACGGCGGAGCUGAUGAAGGAGAAGAUGGAGCAUCUCAUCGAGGCUUGCCGGGACAAGGAGGCCAAGAUCAAGGAACUGUUGAAGAAGCUGGAGCAGCUUUCCGAGGAGGUCCUAGCAGUUCGUGGAGAAAAUGCUCACCUUGCCCUACAGCUGCAGGAUUCCCAGAAGAACCACGAAGAGAUCAUCUCCAUCUAUAGGAAUCAUCUACUGAAUGCUGCUCGGGGCUACAUGGAACAGGAUGUAUACAAUAUCCUACUGCGAAUCCUCAGCACGCAGGAGGAAUAAGGCAGCC